GAGAAAAACAACAGCAAAAAAAAAGAAAACAAAAAAAAGAAAACAAUUUUAUAUGCAUUUUCCUUGAAACGUUUGCCGGGAUAUGAGAAGAUGCACGACAGGAGCGCUGUAUAUAAACACAUGCAAAUCCAGGCGAAGCAUCAGUCAUCAUUGGGAAUUUUGAUAUUCAACAUGAAUAUUUACUAUAUUUUCGGGCUCAUCAUGGCCCUGAUGAUGGGCCUAUCAGCUGUGACGGCCGUCGCUGACCCUGAGCCAGGACCAGAGCCAGAACCUCAGUACCGAAGAGGAGGCGGUCGCGGCUACGGCAGAGGAAGAGGUCGUUACGGCUAAGCAUACAACCUGCUCAUACUGGAAUAAAUAUACUUGGUACUGACUGGGACACGGCAUGGCUUAAAAAACAAUUAAAAAUUAAUUAGUGUUAAUUAAAGCAAUC